AUGCAUAAUUUAGGAUGCCAUUGUCGGCAUAUCACAAAACUCACGCUGGCAUCCUGUUCCAAUUUAACAUCUAUUUCCUUGCUACCAUUUGUUGAUAUGCCUAUUGAAUAUCUGGAUUUAUCAGGCUGUAAAUGGCUGAAUGCGUCGGAUACAGCCUAUGACAUCUCUUGUUUGCAUUCUUUGACUCAUUUGAACCUAGUCUGUUGUGAUACCAUUAAUCAUGAUUUUAUACGAUCCAUGGUAACAGCAACAUGCUUGUCAAAAUUACAGGAAUUCUCUAUUACAGGUGGCGCCACCCUGAUUGACGACAACGCUAUUAUACCCUUUAUUAAAACCCAUCCUCACGUCCGUGGUCUAUUUUUGUUAGAAUGUGCUAUUACUGAUGCCACACUCGAAGCGAUUGCAACUCAUAUGUCAUUCUCCCUUCAUCAUCUGGAUCUCUCCUUUUGUCGGCAUUUAACGGCGAACGGGGUACGCCAUUUGAUAAGCCAUUGCCACCAUUUGAGGUUACUUGGAUUGAAAAGUUGUGGUUUAACGCAGCAUGACUUCCCCGAAAUACCUAUCCGAGCUUACCCUCCAACUUCUGUCACAGCUGACCAUUAUCCUCAUUUAAAUACGUUGAAUUACAUUGAAUUAAACUACAUAAGGGAAGAAUAUGAAAAUCAUCCGCAGCGGAGGGAUGAGGAUGUAGCGGAGAGUUAUGGCUAUAUACAACAAUAUUUAGACUCUGUUGUCAUUCAGUAA